AUGUCUGUUGCAAUGGCCGAGCAGCAACCCCCUGAAUUCCCGCCGGGCUACGUGAUGCCGCUGCCCUCGCGUCCGAGCAAGAUGGACGAAGACGCGCUGCACCCCGUACGCGUGCCGACACCGCUCCCGGACCUCCUGCCACGCAGCAUGAAGGACAUCCAGAAGAUGCGCAACCUGCAGUCCGAUGGAGACGCCGCCAAGAAGUAUGUGCCACCGCGCCGCGACCUGCCACCGCCGUACGUGAACGACGACGAGUGCGACGAGUUCGAGGACAAGACGAUCGACACGACUAUCCUCAACAUGUCGGAGAAGGACCGCGCGAAGCGCACGGGCCAAGCCUAUCAGCUCAACGGCCCCUCUAUCGAGGGUGACGUCACGCCGGUCUUCGAGAACGGCCUGCUGUUCAAGGUGGUAACGCCGGAUGGCACUUGGUACUACUACAACGACACAGACAAGUACGAGAUGCACGUCAAGUUCACCUUUGGCGCCAAGUCGGACCUGCAGCCCGGGGACAAGGUCGAGCUGUACGUUAUGAACACCAACGAGCUGUCCGCCUCCCUCGUUAUUUUCCCUGGCGAGACGACGAAGCUGGUCUCCGGCAAGAUUAACGGCUUCAAGUGCAGCGCCAAGGCGGUGCCACUGAACGACGACAAGCGUGACAUCCUCUACGGUGAAGUCAACGACCGCAUUGCCGACGAUCUGAUGGACAUGGCGCAGGCUAUCGGUGUGCGUGAGGACGACCUCACAGAGGAGAAGGUGCUGGCGUACUGCGAGGAGAACGAGAAGCCGUACAUCGACUGCGACUUCCGUCCAUGCGAUUACUCACUCUACCGCUCUGACGUGGACACGUACCUGCCGCGCUUUAUCCCAUGGCACCGCCCCUCCACCUGGAUCCCGGAGGAGCAGCUCAAGGAGGUGCGCCUCUUCCGCCGCGAAAUCCUGCCGUCUCAGGUGACGCACGGCUCCAUUGGUGACACCUACCUCGUCUCCGCCAUGGCGGCCCUGACCGACGCCAACGGUGGCCGGCUGCAUGACCUUUUCCGCCACCCCGUGAGUGCUGCCAACGGCAAGAUUGAGCGUGCUCUCGGUGCCUACUGGGUCACGAUUAACUUCAACGGUUGGUGGUUGCCGGUGCUUCUCGACGACUUCUUGCCUGCGACGCACGACGGCCCCGAAUUUGCGCGGUGCGCGGUCGACAUGCGGCGCAUGUGGGUGGCACUACUGGAGAAGACCUACGCGAAGGUGCACGGCUCCUACGCAAACAUUGCGAGGGGCGAUCCGCUGGAGCCGCUCUCGGAGUUUACCGGCUUUCCAGUGACCCGCUACGAGAGCUUCUGGGAGGACGCGCGGGCCGGUGACGACAGCCUAUUCCAGGAGAUGCACUCCUACGACAGGAUGGGGUACCUGCAGGUGCUCUGCACCCCGUCCGACGGGGGCGAGGUAUUCGGCAACACGAACGUCGUGAGUGCUAACCCGGAGCUGGAGUCGGCGUACGAGAAGAUGGGCCUUCUUCUACACCACGGCUACGCGGUGCUGCAGGCGGAGUACUUUGAGGACCUCGACCUCCGCCUCCUGCGCCUCCGCAACCCGUGGGGCAACGGCUCCGAGUGGACCGGCGCGUGGGGCAAGAGCGACAAGCGCUGGAGCAAGUACCCGUCCGUGCACAAUGCGUGCUACAAGCACGGCGGCAGCCCAGCUGACCCCGACCGCACCUUCUGGAUGGAGUGGAGCGACGCGCUCAAGAUGUUCUCAGGCGGUGGCUGCUGUCACCUGCGCACGCCGUGGUUGGACUACCGCGUCCGCGGCGAGUUCGCGCAUGGCAUCCCAACCAUCUCUUUCGAGAUCAACGUGUCCGCGCCGACAGAGGCCUACAUCACUCUCUCGCAGGAGGACGAGCGUGACGACCCGUCGCUGGAGUACCACGCCCUGCUGCUAAGCGUGUUCCGGCACAGCGGCAAGAAGGAGAAGUUGGACGCGACCAGCAACUCGCUGGUGGAGAAACCGGACCGUCAGCUCAAGUUCAACUUCUCGCGCGAUGUGGCGUUGAAGUACACAUUUUUACCGGAGCACAGCCCGUACUUCGUCAUCCCCCGCAUCCACGACCCGAGCGUGACGAAGCCGUACGUGAUGGGCUUGCUGCUGGACACCUACGUGGGCAACGGUAUUAAGGUGGAGUUCAAGCGGGUAGACCGCAACUGUCGCGUCUUUGCGAACAUGCCAUCCUUUACCCAGGCAGGAAUGAUGGAGGAUACGGCGGCCGAGUACCAGAUCCGCACUCCCCGGCAGCCGAUCGAGUGUAUUGGGGAGGAAAUCGUCGACGAGCGACUCCGCGAGUUCGGCAUCAUGGAGUAG